AGAGCGAGAGAGGGACUCCGAGCAGUUCGGACGUGCAUCGCGCGAGGACGGCGGCUCAGUUAGCGGCGAGCCGCCACGAAGUUAGGGUUGCUUUUUUUUUCUCUCCUUGUCAUUUCUCGCGUCCGAGUUGAGCGUCGUGUUCCGCGAUUCAUUCCCUUUCCUCGCUAUAUUACCUUCUACAUACCGGCUAAAUCGCUGAUCGCCCAUCGAGAAAGAUUCUAUGAUCGUUUGCAGGAUAUCAGAUUGAUCGGUAGUAAUGAAGCUACUGAGGCGAUUGUACUCUUGCACAGGGUACACCUAAAAAAAAAAAAAAAGAAAAAAGAGAACUUUUCCGUUUCUUUUCUUUUUGUCCUUACGAUCGAGCCAAAGUUUUCCUUCGCAAAGCGGAUAUACGGUCUCCUUUUGUUACCUUUCGAGAGAUCCUCUUCCAUGUACGAAUCUGAAACUGUUUUUUGGUCGCACGAGGAGGCCUGAAAAGGAAGGAAGGAGAAGAAGAGAAAUAACCAAGGAUCUCAUAGAAAGCGUCGAUAUGACAACGACGACGACGUCGACGGCGACGACGGCGACGACGACGACGACAACGACAACGACGACGACGAUGAGAAGGAUGUAAAGAAAAGGUGUGUGGGAUAGAAAGAGAAAGAGAGAAAAGUAGAGAGCAGAGAAAAGGGUUCGACGUCAUUUCCUUCCCUCUCGUUUCCCUCCCUUUUACAAAGGGGUCAGAGUUCGGGGUGCCUCUGAAAGGGCUCCGCGGUACGAGACAUCGAGAGAGAGAGAGAGAGAGAGAGAGAGAGAGAGAGAGAGAGAGAGAGAGAAAAAGAAGAUCUUCCUGAUACUUCGUAAAAUCGAAAGGGGAAGAAAAUAAAGGAAAAUAAUGUCGAUAAUUUCGAUAGGAUCCUCGUGGAUCCUAGCCGCUCUUUGCGGCCUGGUGUUGGUCCAAACGAGGAGUUCCACCGCCGGUGGUGAAAUUUAUGCAAAAAUGUUCUCCAGUCAACAAAACCCUUCGGAUCCUUGUUACGACGAGGACAGGCCGAGAAGGUGCAUCCCGGAUUUCGUGAACGCCGCGUUCGGUGCGGCGGUCGAGGCCUCCUCGACCUGUGGUAGCGGAGGUCCUACGAGAUAUUGCGACGUAAACGAGCAGGCCGGUGGAUCGAUCGGUAUCGGGCAGUGUCACAUUUGCGACGACAGUACGCCUAGGCGGCGAUUCCCGGCUAGCUAUCUGACCGACCUAAACAACCCGAACAACGUGACGUGCUGGCGCAGCGAGCCCCUCGUCACGUCGCAAAGCUUCUCCGCACCGCCGGACAACGUCACGCUAACCCUAUCGCUCGGGAAGAAGUACGAGCUAACUUACGUAAGCCUACAGUUCUGUCCGCGCGCUGCCAAGCCCGACUCGAUCGCCAUUUACAAGUCGAUGGACUACGGGAAGACCUGGCAGCCCUUUCAGUUCUACUCGUCCCAGUGCCGGCGGGUCUACGGUAGGCCAAACAGGGCGACGAUCACGAAGGCGAACGAGCAGGAGGCAAGAUGCACGGACAGUCAUCGUUACACGGGAGGCGACGGUUUAGGACCGGUCGGUCGGAUAGCCUUCAGCACCCUAGAGGGCCGGCCAUCGGCGGCGGACUUUGACAAUUCUCCGGUUCUCCAAGACUGGGUAACCGCGACCGACGUAAGGGUCGUCUUCAACAGAUUACACAUGCCCCAACAGCCCAGUCAGGAUCAGGUCUCGCAAUUGGGAGUCGUCGACGAGCACGUAGGCCUCGGCGUCGAGGAACUCGCGAAACGCGAGAGAGAACGCGAGAGGGAACGCGAGGAGAGAUUGAAGAAUCAAAAGAGCAAUCUAUUGCACGGGGUCGACGGUUUCGUCACCGCUCUUCCCCCGUCGAUUCAUUCUCAUCAGGUGAUCGCGUCGCGCGAAAUGCAAUCGAACGACGCUCUCGACGUCGCGCAAGAUAUGGGCUUCGUAGCGGUGACCGGGAGCACCAGCACCAUCGGCACGACGACAACCACCACGAUCUCCAGUAAUCUUGGUGGCUUGAACGUAGUCGGUACCGGUACCCUCGCGCAUCACUACGCCGUCUCGGACUUUGCCGUGGGCGGCAGGUGCAAGUGCAACGGCCACGCGGCAAGGUGCAUCCCCGGCAAGGACGGCGAGGUCGUCUGCGAGUGCAAGCACAACACCGCCGGUAGAGAUUGCGAGAGGUGUCGGCCAUUCCACUUUGACCGACCCUGGGCCAGGGCCACUGCGAGGGACGCCAACGAGUGCAAAGAGUGCAACUGCAAUCUCCACGCGAGAAAGUGCAGAUUCAACAUGGAACUUUACAAGCUGUCGGGCCGUGUCAGCGGAGGCGUUUGCCUGCAGUGCCGGCAUUUUACAGCAGGAAGGCACUGUCAUUAUUGCCGAGAAGGUUACUACAGGGAUCCGGCGAGGCCGAUCACGCAUCGCAAGGCCUGCAAACCGUGCGACUGCCACCCGAUCGGAGCUUCUGGAAAGACCUGUAAUCAGAACACCGGUCAGUGUCCCUGUAAGGACGGUGUAACCGGUACUACUUGUAACAGAUGUGCCAGAGGAUACCAACAGAGCAGAUCGCACAUUGCUCCUUGCAUCAAAAUACCGAGGGUCGUGCAAACGCAGGGCACAGCGGGCGAGGAGAGCGGGGAACACGAGGACGAAGACGACGAGCGUGGAUACGAUGGAAGAGCCGAUCAAUGUGGAAAGUGUCGGGCUAGCACGAAGAGACUGAAUCUGAAUAAAUAUUGCAAAAGAGAUUACGCUAUACUUGGAAGAAUAACGGACAGGCACAAGAAGAGCGAUGGUUCGCAAAGCGGUAGUAGCGUCUCUGGGACAUCUUGGAUACGGUUCACAUUGAACGUCGAUUUUAUAUACAAAAAGACUCCAAACUCGAGGAUUCGACGCGGCGACGUACCGCUCUACGUGCACUCCGCGGAUUUGGCCUGCAGAUGCCCCAAGAUAAAACCCAACAAAUCGUACUUGAUCCUCGGCCAAGAGAGCGACGGUGGAGGUCAAGGUGGUCUCACUGUGACGCAGAGAUCGAUCGUCAUCGAGUGGCGCGACGAAUGGCAUCGUCGAAUGCGUCGCUUCCAACGUAGAGCGAGAUCUUGCCAUUGAAGGAGCAGCAAGUCAUCGGCACAUACGAGGACGUAGAGAGAGAGAGAGAGAGAGAGAGAGAGAGAGAGAGAGAGAGAGAGAGAGAGAGAGAGAGAGAGAGAGAGAGAGAGAAAAAGAACUAAGAAAGAUUACGAAGGAUUCGCCCCACCCGCCUUUAUAGAGGAGCCUGCUACCUUGAUUUUUCUAAUCGCGAAUACCGCCCGAGUAUCGAUCGGUGUUCCCACACCUCGCGAACGCUCGCGAUGAUUCCGUUUACGGUCCACGAUAAGAAAGAGAGAGAAAGAAAGAAAAAAAGGAAGGAAAAAAAAAGCAAAAAAAGAUAAAAAAAAAAAAAAAAAUACAAAAAGAAGUUACAAAAAAAAAUUUAAAAAGAAAAAAAAAAACAGAAAAAAAAGGAAAACAAGUCAAGGCGAAUAUCGGUACUCGCGCGUCAGCUCGAUUAUUUCCAGCGCGAGUAUCGAUAAUCGUACGUCUUCCGUGCUCGAUGUCCACCAUACCAUUAACUAUCUCGCACUCCCUGUGCCGGUAUUAUUCGAGACGCUACUGAUUAUCGAAGAUAAGGAUAAAGGUUUCAAGCGCGUUCGACGCUUCAAAUUUUGAUUUACUCGCGGCGGUGUCGGCGGCAAUAGUAGCAGCAGCAGAAGCAUCAACAGCAGCAGCAUCAUCAGUAGUAGCGGCAGUCUCGCCUUAAGUCGUUCUCAACCCUUCUGUCGAAAACGAGCGUGCGAACGAGAGAGAGAGAGAGAGAGAGAGAGAGAGAGAGAAAGAAAGAAAAAAAAAGAGAGACAGCAUGAACGAGCACGCGACCCGAAAGAAUGAAUGCGUGUGUAAAUGAAUGCGAGCGAGAGAGAGAGAGAGAGAGAGAAAGAGAGAGAAGAAAAACAGAAAGAGAGAGAGAGAGAGAGAGAGAAACAAGUGGACAAGCUAGUGAAACGAGAAGAGUUAAGCGCAAGGCACAGAAUAUAUUUAGCUGUCGUAUAUUAUCAUCAAAGCCAUAUCGUGCUGUCGGCUCAAGGAGCGAAGAACCGUCGGCUUUGGACAUAUACGUUGGACACGAGCCACGAUUACGAGGGCCCCAAAAUGGUCCUCCGCUUGCUGACAUUUUGCAGCCACAAAAAAUCGCUUCCUCCUCGUGUCGUCUCGCGACUCGCGCGAUUCCAAAGACACGAUCUUUUCGCGUUUAACACAACAUUAUACAUUUUUACCGAUAAAAGUUAAGAAACCUUAAAGACACGUAUAUAUAUACAUACACAUACAUACAUACAUACAUCUUUGACGAUAUAAAUGUCUCGAAAAUGUUUCGAAUAAAUCGAAGUGUUACUUAACUAUUGUCGGUAAGUUUAAUUUCCGUAAAUAAAUUGGAACGAUCGACUUCUCCUUUCGUUUCGCGUUAAUGCGAAUAAAAGGGAUGAGCGGCGGCGAAACCAUGAGAAUUCCAUAAGACCGUGCGACCGACGACUGUAAAUGGCACAAAACUUCCAUAUACGCUAGCCCCGAGGCCUUUCCUCGAGCCCACCUCCUUCCUCCUACUCCGUCUCCUACAUCGCCUCUUCUUUUUUAAUUUAUUUAUUCUUCUUCGCUCGUACGACGAUAACGCGUCGACACGACACGACACGAAACAUCCUACGCUCAACACGUACGCACGCACGUACACGUACACACACACACACACACACACAGGCAGACAGACAGACAGACAGACACACACGUACAUGCAUACAUAUAUACGGACAGAUGUAUGGACAUACAAGUAUUUGCAUAUACACGCGCAUACACACACGCGACAGAGAUACGCAAAAAAAAAGGAAACAAAAACAAAAGAAAAAGGAAAAAAAAAAAAACAAAAAAUAAUGAUUACACGCGUUCGUUGAAUGUAGAUUUUCUUGUAAAUUUUCUAUAUAAAUUAUUAAGACCUUUUUCUAGCUGAUAUUAUGUAUUAUUAAUGACUUACUUAUGUAUGUAGAUGAGAAGAAAUGGUAGAGAGGCUAAGCAGCCGAAGAAGCGCGUCGCAAUAAUAUAACUACACUGCCUUUAUCGAUCACUGCCGGCGAUCGUCCGUUCCACGGAUCGAUGGAUCGACGCGUCGAAACGAGAGAAAAUAUCAGCCCGUUUCAUGAUCGAUCGUAUGCAUUCUUCAAACUUACGUGAUAAAGAAGAUAUUGAAAAUUUGGCGGGUUUUUAGAAGAAAAAAAAAGGAAAAGAAAAAAAUUCUUGAUAUAUCGUUAAGAGACGCGCUUAUUUAGAUCCGAUAUCAUCGAUGACGAUAUUUAAAGAUCGAUCCUCGAUAAUCGAUAAAAUCAAGUUCCUAAGCACGACGAUCGUUAAUUUUCUUAGUGCCAGGAACGAGAAAAAGAAGGAAGCUCGUGUUUCCUUGGAAGGACAUAAGCGUGUUUACAUGUACCUCCGCUUAUAAUGAGAAAGUCUAGAAUGACAAACGCUACUUUCGAUCGGCGACGCUCACACGUACUUACUUACUUGCUCUCUAAAGACGAUCGAGAAAAGGUAUAUCGUUUAGGGGCAAAAUGCGUAUCGAAGAUUUGCGAUCUUCGUGAUUCGCUUCGAAUGCUAUAUGCGAUAUGCGACACGUGCGACAGGUUGCAAGGCGACGCGAGAUGAAAAUAUGCGAGACCGUUCAAAGAGAAAGAAAGGAAAGUAAGAAAUAAAAAAGAGAACCGUGUAAGAUCCGAUUGUCUGUCUCCGUCGUCUACGCUAGAAUUACAUGUAUAAAAUGUACCAACUUUAAGAUAACGCUAUUUAGAUUAAGAUUCAAGGAAAAAAAGGAAAAAAAAAAAAAAGUUAUAUCGUAUAUUCGCAGUUUAGCUGGCGACAGUUAGUAACAAAAGAAAAAGACCGAAGAGAAAAGGUGCGCGAUCACUUUAAUUUUAAAUCGUCGAUUUGUAAUAAUACUUUCUCAUAGAUCUUCUUAACGAUCGUUUGGCUUCGCUCAUUCGUUAUUUUUUUUUUUUUUUUUUUUUUUUUUUUUUUUUUUGCUCCCCUUGGAGAAAUAAAGAUUUCUAUCUUAUUUUUAAAUAGAUGAGCCAUUCGUUAACACGCGAUGAUACGCUUUAUAUUUUAUGAUUUAUAUUCCAUGGAUUUUUGUUUGUUUGUUUCUUUUUAUUUAUUUAUUUUUUUUUUUUUUUUUUUUUUUAUUUUUUUUUUAAUUCUAUCAUAAAUAUUCGACGAUUUAUUAUUCGUUCGAUUGACGAUCGCUAGAGCAUCACGAAUAAAAGGAAACGAAUGUUAAAGGAUUUCCAAUCAUGCCAAUAUAUCGUAGAAUAUACGCGAUGUCACAUUAAGUGUGCUAUUUAUACCUCCAAAUUAUUAUAUCGAUUGCUACUACUGUACCACACAUGAAACUUAGACGCGAUUAAAUUAUUAGAUGUACCGUUGUGUAUUGUGAUGUAAUAAAUGUGACUAGUUGUACGAGAAAUAAAAUGCAAUGAGUAUGAAA